AUGCAGAGCAUGCAAAGACGGUUUGGCCGUAUGACGACCAAAAGCACUGCCGAUGAUAGUCAGGUCGCUGUCCUCAUGAAGGACUUUGAAGAUGCUGAUAUGCUGUUGACCCGGAUCAUCGAUCACACUGCAGCCUGGCGCGAUGCUUGGGUAUCUGUUGUCACCUUCCAGAGCCGCAUGGUCGACGAGUUCGACGGAAUGUAUGCGCCUAUCAUUGGCUCUGCCGAAAUGCCCACGCCACAUGUACCAGUAGCCACAGACCGUGCGAUAUUGUCUCGAACCAACAGACUCCGUCGAGACUACGAUGAGCUGCGUGAGGAUUUGAUCAGGGAGCUGAGUGAGGUGGACCAGCGUAUGACGCAGCCAGCGGCGUCGGCAAAGGACCUGAUUAUACCUGUGAAAAAGACAAUCAAGAAACGGAAUGAUAAAAAGUCUGACUUUGAACGCGACCAAGCCCGUGUAGAUGGCCUCAUCCACAAACAGAGACGUACCGAUAGCGAAAAUAUAAAGCUCGCCAAAUCACAGAUUGAUCUGGCUAAUUCAAAAGAGUUGUACGGUGCCGCAGACGAUGACCUCCGCCAACGUCUCCCAACUCUCGUUGCACUUCUCUUCUCCCUCUCGCCGAUAAUUCUCAGAGCACAGAUCGAGAUCCAGAACCGCAUGCUAGGAACCUACUACACGGUCCUGCACAACUUUAGCCAAGACGAGGGAUUCCCAUCUCCACCCCCACCAAUGGGCCAAGUAGUGCAAGACUGGGACAUGGCCCAGAGACCCGUACAGGACGAAUUCGAAAGCUUCGGCAUCCUAACACACGGCAAAGCUAUCCGAGAAGCACAAGUCCAAGAGGCACAAAACCAGAACCAGACCAAACGACCCACUCUCCGCGGCCACUUCUCAAGCUCCAACCUAUCCAUCAACAAAAAGCAACCCGCGCCACCACCGCUUCUAGCCCCAAAACCCUCAUUCACACAUUCCAUACGCUCCCUCUCACCCAGCUCAUCAAUCACAAACCAAACUCCACGCGGCUCAGUCUCUGCCUCGGUCGCCAGCUCAGCAAGCACUUAUUCCCUCCCUAGUGGAAACGGCUCCUGGACUCCAGAACCCCCAAUUCCCAGAGCUCCGAGUCCACGAGCAAAGCCUACUGGCCUCUCAUUCUCGCCAGCGGGUCCUACCUCUGAUGUCUUCCAGCGCGGCCGUCAAGCUGGACCAGCUGAUACAUUGUCUGCUGUGGCUACAAAGAAGAGACCCCCACCACCCCCGCCGCGUCCUGUCACUAAGUUUGUGACUGCUGUCUAUAGCUUUGGGGGCCAGAGUGCGGGGGAUUUGUCGUUCCGAGAGGGUGACCGUAUUAAAAUCAUUUCUAAAACUAAUAGUACAGAUGACUGGUGGGAGGGUGAGUUGGAUGGUGUACAGGGUUCUUUCCCUGCAAACUAUGUGGAGUGA